AUGUAAUAGACUUAUUAAAAUUGGAUUGGAAUACAAAUAACCGCUUCAACUAAUGAAAAUCCAAAUAGAAAUUAUAAAAUUGAAUCUGUUAUAGGUUCAGGCUCUUAAGGAACAGUUUUUUUAGCCAAGCAAUUUAUGAAUAAUUUCUAAAAUAGAAAUGUGGCAAUAAAAAUACAACAAAAUAUGAGUAAUUAAGAAAUCUAAUUCUUAACAACCUUAAUUUAACAUCAAAAUUCAAAUGAAAAUAUUUAGAAUCCACAAAAUUAUAACCCCUCUUACAUUGUUAGAAUUUAUGAUUUAUUUCAAUAUAAUGAUAAUUGGUUAAUGGUAAUGGAAUAAGGUACCUAAGACCUCUUUAAAUUUAUUUAACUUAAACAAUAAAUUUCAGAAGAAAAAUUAGUACAAUUACUAAAAUAAGUAAGUUUUAAAAUAAAUAGAUUACAAAAUCUAUCUCUUUUCUACAUGAAAAUUAGUUAAUACAUAGAGACAUUAAGCCAGAAAAUUACAUUAAAGUUGGAGAAGAUUAUAAAUUAAUUGAUUUUGGAUUGAUUACAGCCUAAUUCAGAUUUAGAAAGACUCCAAAUGUUGGUACAGUUUACUAUCAAGCUCCUGAAUUAAUUGAUAACUUAAGUUAGAAUUAUACAUAAGCUAUUGAUGUAUGGUCAUUAGGAUGCUUAUUUUAUGAAAUAAUUUCUGGAGAAACUUUGAUGAAAGGAAAUUCUUAAGAUUAAAUUUAGAAAAUUAUAUUGGCUCAUAAAAACAAUACUACAUUUCUUUAUUCAAAAAUCAAUGAAUUAAAUAUUAAUAAAGACAUAAAAGACAUAAUUAUUUCUAUGUUAGAUCCAAAACCAUCUAAUCGUUUAAAAGCUAAAGAUGUUGUAGAUUUAUUAGAUUCAAAAUUUUCUCCAUAAAAAUUUCCAAUUACUAAUAAUUUUCAUUUUCCUAUAAAUGUCCAAAACCCAUAAAAUAAAGCAGCUCCUCUUGUAUUUUAACAAAUGCCCCAAUAGUAAGGAUUUAUGUUACAACAAAAUUAAGUUUAAUAAUAAUAACUUUAAGACAUGUUAAAGUAAAUGCAAUUAUAGUAAACUUUACUUAACAGCUUUAAUUUAAACUUUUAAUAGCUUUUUGAAACAGUUUUAGAUAUAAAAAAAGGAUAAGAACAAUUAAAAAAUGAAAUUAAUCAGAUUAGAAAUGAUCUUAAAACAGAAAUUACAAAUAGUGUUUUUGAUAAACUAAACAAUAUAUAAGAUAAUUUAGUUAAAAAAUUAGAUAGCAUCAAUGAAGAUUAAAAAGCUGUUAAAAUUGAUGAUUAAAAUAAACUAUUUGCCUAAUUAAAGGAUUAAAUAACAUAAUAUUAAGAGCCAAUCUUUCAUUAAGUGAAGGAUUUCUAAGAGAUUUCAGAAGAAAUGAAAACAAUUGUUUAAUUUCAGAAAGAUAAAAAAAAAGAAAAUAGAUAAGGUUUUGAAUAGGGUUAGAAUUUUCAAGAGAAUACAUAAAGCAUAUAUGACGUCACUUAUAAAUAAAAAGUGAAAGCCCUAUUCAACCAAGAGAGAUUCAAUUCAAACGAUGUCGCUGAAAAGACGAAAUAAUAAUAAAUAAAAAAUCAAUAAAAUGUUAAAUAGUAAUAAAAAAAUGAAAAGGAAUUUGUUUUUCAGAAAAUUCAAACAAUGAAUGAAUAAAAAUAAAAAACAUCGAAGGUUUAACAAUAAGGACAUGCCGAUUAAAUAAAAAUUGAUUCUAAUGAUUGA